GCCGGAGAUAAAAGACGAAAUUACUCAGGUUAAAACCACACCACCUGCUAAAACCACCCCUCCCAAGUGCGUCGACUGCCGACAGUACCUCGACGAUCCUGACCUCAAAUUCUUCCAAGGGGAUCCUGAUGAUGCCCUGGAGGAGCCCGAAAUGCUGACGGACGAGCGCUUGUCCCUCUUCGACGCCAACGAAGACGGCUUCGAGAGCUACGAGGACCUGCCGCAGCACAAGGUCACCUCUUUUAGCGUCUACGACAAGCGAGGUCACUUGUGCCCCUUUGACACCGGCCUGAUCGAGAGGAACAUCGAGCUGUACUUCAGCGGUGCCGUGAAGCCCAUCUACGAUGAUAACCCUUGUCUGGACGGCGGGGUGAGAGCCAAGAAGCUGGGACCCAUAAACGCCUGGUGGAUCACGGGGUUCGACGGAGGGGAGAAGGCUUUGAUCGGCUUCACCACAGCCUUCGCCGAUUACAUCCUGAUGGAGCCCAGCGAGGAGUACGCGCCCAUCUUCGCCCUCAUGCAGGAGAAGAUCUACAUGAGCAAGAUCGUCGUCGAGUUCCUGCAGAACAACCGCGACGUCAGCUACGAGGACCUGCUCAACAAAAUCGAGACCACCGUCCCUCCCGCGGGGCUGAACUUCAACCGCUUCACAGAGGACUCGCUCCUGCGCCAUGCCCAGUUCGUGGUGGAGCAGGUGGAAAGCUACGACGAAGCGGGGGACAGCGACGAACCCCCCGUCCUCAUCACGCCCUGCAUGAGGGACUUGAUCAAGUUGGCUGGAGUCACCCUGGGGAAGAGGCGAGCUGUCAGGCGGCAGGCCAUCCGGCACCCCACCAAAAUAGACAAGGACAAGGGUCCCACCAAAGCCACCACCAAGCUGGUGUACCUCAUCUUCGACACCUUCUUCUCGGAGCAGAUCGAGAAGGACGAGAAAGAAGACGACAAAGAAAACGCCAUGAAGCGCCGGCGCUGCGGCGUCUGCGAG